AUGUCGAGGACGACCGCGGGGUCCCGCGCCGCCCCUGGCGGCGGCGGAGGCCGGAAGAAGGCGCCGGCUAGUGGCACGACAUCGGCGCCCAGGCACGUGAGGAUGAUCCAUGAGAAGCUGGCUCGCGCGCGCGAGGAGGAGCGGCGCGCCGAGGAGAGGCGCCGGGAGGAGGAGGAGCGGCGCGCAGAGGAGGAGCGGAGGGCGAGGGAGGAGGCAGAGAGGCAGGCCGAGGUGGAUAGGAGGCUUCGGGAGGAGAAGCGGCGGAAGAGGCAGGAGGAGGCCAAGAAGCGCGGGGAGCGGGAGGAGAAGCUCCGGAUGGAGGCCGCGCGGAGGCGGCUUUUCGUCGCCGUUGCUGAUGCCACCGGCGGACUGAAAGAGGAGCAAGCAGAGGAAAAGCUGGUGACCUCUGCUGCUCCAAUUUCUAACCCAAUCAGUUUAUUGGAAGAUAUUGGGGAAGAUUUGGUCUCUAUCCUUGAGGAUGAAGGUCAAGGCAAUGGGGUUGACAUGGAGCUUCGUGCACCGAUAUGUUUCAUCCUUGGGCAUGUGGAUGCCGGAAAGACAAAGCUGCUUGAUUGUAUUCGGCGAAGCAAUGUGCAGGGUGGGGAGGCUGGAGGAAUCACGCAGCAGAUUGGUGCCACCUACUUACCUGUUGAGAAUAUCAGGGAGAGGACCUCCCUUAAAGCUGAGGCUACCAUCAAAGUUCCUGGCUUGCUUGUAAUUGACACCCCGGGGCACCAGUCAUUCAGUAACAUGCGCUCGAGGGGAUCAAGUCUGUGUGACAUUGCUGUAGUGGUUGUUGAUAUUACACGUGGGCUUGAGAAGCAGACCAUGGAAUCCCUUGAUCUUUUGAAACACCGCAAUGUGAGGUUUAUUGUUGCCUUGAACAAAGUUGAUCGGCUAUAUGGUUGGAAGACCUGUAUCAAUGCACCAAUAGCAAAAGCGCUUAAGAACCAAACUGAUGAUGUACAAAGAGAAUUCAAAUGGAGGGUAACUGAGGUUAUAACACAACUUAUGGAAAAGGGUUUCAACGCUGCCCUGUAUUAUGAGAACAAGAAGCUGAAGCAAGUGGUCAAUAUUGUCCCAACCAUCGCUUGUACUGUGCUGGAGGUCAAUGAAGAUAAGGACAUUGGAACAACAAUUGAUGUAGUGAUGAUUAAUGGUGCACUUCGGAAAGUAGGGCCUGUCACAACCAAUAUAAGGUACUUGUUGACUCCUCCAAUGAAAGAACUCAAAGUUAAGGGAGUAUACAGGCAUCACGAGGAGCUUAAAGCUGCUCAAGGGGUUAAAAUUGCAGUACGAGGGCUGCAACAUGCUAUGGCAGGCACUUCUCUCAUUGUGGUAAAGCCGGGGGAUGAUAUGGAACGAGCUGAAGCUGCAGCAAUGCAAGAAAUCAGCAAGGCCUGUUAG